AUGGCUGAAGGGGAGGAGACUCACCAGAGAAACAGGAGAGACAGUCAAGUAUGUACCUCAGAAGAUGCAUGGAAUGCUCCACCAUCGACAUGGUUCAAAGCUAAUUGGGAUGGGGCUGUGGAUAGGGCUAAGGGCCAAAUUAGAAUAGGUGUCAUCAUCAGGGACUGCAAUGGCCAAGUAAUUGCUACCAUGCGUGAUAAGAAGCAGAUGUUCGCUGACCCUUUGCUAGCAGAAUCGUAUGGAGCACUAGCAGCUGCUCAACUAGCACUGGAUCUAGGACUACAAAGAAUUGUACUAGAGGGGGACUCAUUGCAAGUGACCAAGACCUUACAAGAAGAGAAGGAAGCCUGGAGCUGUGCUAGCAUGAUCAUGUCUGAAACUAGAACUUGUCUUAAACAUUUUGCUAAGUGGGAUGUUUCUCAUGUUAGGAGAAAUGGCAACAAAAUUGCCCACUUACUUGCAAAAAUUGCUUUGACCAUUUCUGAACUUAUUGUGACCAUGGAGGACUCUCCUUCUUGGAUUUAUCCACUACUAUAA